CGUUCUCGCUGCUGACGCUCUGCGCGCCCCCGCCCGCCGCUCCGCCGCCAUGAACGGGCAACUCAACGGGUUCCACGAGGUGUUCAUCGAGGAGGGCACUUUCCUCUUCACCUCCGAGUCUGUGGGCGAGGGGCACCCAGAUAAAAUCUGUGAUCAGAUCAGUGACGCUGUCCUGGACGCCCACCUGAAACAGGACCCUGAUGCCAAGGUGGCCUGUGAAACGGUGGCCAAGACGGGGAUGAUCCUGCUGGCCGGGGAGAUCACGUCCCGCGCCACCGUGGAUUACCAGCGGGUGGUGAGGGACACCAUCCGCCACAUCGGCUACGACGACUCCUCCAAAGGCUUCGACUACAAGACCUGCAACGUCCUGGUGGCCCUGGAGCAGCAGUCGCCCGACAUCGCCCAGGGCGUCCACCUGGACCGCAGCGAGGAGGACAUCGGUGCUGGUGACCAGGGACUGAUGUUUGGCUACGCCACGGACGAGACUGAGGAGUGCAUGCCCCUCACCAUCGUGCUGGCCCACAAGCUCAACGCCAAGCUGGCCGAGCUGCGCCGCUCCGGGGCCCUGCCCUGGCUGCGCCCCGACUCCAAGACACAGGUGACAGUGCAGUACCUGCAGGACCGCGGGGCCGUGCUGCCCAUCCGUGUCCACACCAUCGUCAUCUCGGUGCAGCACGACGAGGACGUGUCCCUGGAUGAGAUGCGUGAUGCCCUUAAGGAGAAGGUCAUCAAGGCUGUGGUGCCACCCAAGUACCUGGAUGAUGACACCAUCUACCACCUCCAGCCCAGUGGCCGCUUUGUCAUCGGUGGCCCCCAGGGUGACGCCGGGCUGACGGGCAGGAAGAUCAUCGUGGACACCUACGGGGGCUGGGGGGCCCACGGCGGCGGCGCCUUCUCGGGCAAGGACUACACCAAGGUGGACCGGUCGGCCGCCUACGCCGCGCGCUGGGUGGCCAAGUCCCUGGUCAAGGCCGGGCUGUGCCGGCGGGUGCUGGUGCAGGUCUCUUACGCCAUCGGGGUGUCCCACCCGUUGUCCAUCUCCAUCUUCCACUACGGGACCUCCCAGAAGAGCGAGCGGGAGCUGCUGGAGAUCGUCAAGAAGAACUUUGACCUUCGCCCUGGGGUGAUCGUCAGGGACCUGGAUCUGAAGAAGCCCCUGUACCAGCGCACCGCGGCCUACGGGCACUUCGGUAGGGACAGUUUCCCUUGGGAAGUGCCCAAAAAACUCAAAUAUUGAACAAACCCUCCCCCCCUUAAAAACAACAAAGCCUUGUCAGGCUUCCCUACCCCCCCCACGAGUGUGGGCUACAGAGAAGCUCGUGGAUUCGGGGGGGGGAAGCCCCAGCCCCCUUUUUAUUCCCUCUCUGUUCCACCAUCUCGGUUGCGUGGGGACCACGCGCGGCCUCGUGCCUCUGCCCCCUCAUGUCCCCCCAUUGUCCUCAUGUCCCCCCCCAGUCUCCUCCUCCUCCAACUUCUUUUUAAAUCAAACCCACCAAAAAUCGGGUCUGACGUCUGAGCUCAGAGACAGCCAACCCCCCCCAAAUACGUGUCAUCCCCCCCCCCCAAAUACGUGUGUCCCCCCUCCUCAAAACUCCGUCCCGCUGCUGGGGGGGGAGGGGGACACAAACGCUCCCACACUUCACACCCCCUCCCCCACCCCAAAUUCCUACCGGGAUCUUGCUGGUGCUGGUUUUGUCCUAAAUUGGGAUUUUUUAAACAUUAAUGUCUUGGCUUGGAGGAUGCACAUUGAAUUAAGUUU